AUGGAAUUACUAGAUUCAGAUAUAGGCUCUCAAAUAAAUUAGUAGGUUGAAGGAAAAAAUUUUAAAGAAGUGGAGGAUAUCUAUUUACAAAAUAUACAAUCUGCUAAAUUCACCUCGGAAUACAGAGAAAAAAUUUAAUCUUUCCCAAAUUUAAUAUGCUUUAGCCUCACUAACAUGAAUUUCAGCAAAAUAUAAGAUCUUCCUAUUUUAAAGAGACUGCUAAGAUUAGAGAUAUGUUAUUGCACCUUCGAUAUCAGUAGUCUCAAUUAAAUUUACAUUUAAUUUCCAAGGCUUGUGAGUUUAAGGCUAGUUGGAUGUAAUAUUAGCUCAUAUUCAUAAAUUGAAUGUUUAACAAGCUUGCCAGACUUGGCCUAAUUAGAUCUAUUUAAUAAUCCUAUUUACAAAUUUAAUUACGAAUAUCAGAGCUUUCAUUAAAAAAUGUUCGAAUUAUUUCCUAAAUUGAUGUAUUUGGACAAUCUUAAAAAAGAUUUCUCAAGAGCUUGUACCAUUCCUAUAAAUUAGAUUGAUCCAAAAUAACUUAUUCAAGAAGUUGAAAUCCCUAAAUUUGUAGAUAAACUCAACAGAUCAAACAUAAACUCUUAGAAUAAUAGUUUUAAUUCUAAUAAAUUGACACGUAAAAAUAAUAUUAACAAUCCAAACAAAAGAAGGGCUGACAAUUCAGACGAAGAGGAUGAUGACCUUGAUGAAGAUUACCAAGAAGAUAGUGAUGAACCAUCAAAUCAAAGACAUGGCUAUCAAACUAGAAAAUAAUAGAAAUUAGCUGCAUACAAAUGA